UCUCCCCUUGUCCCGCGUCGUACUGAUCUUAAAGGAGAAGGGGAGAUGGAGUCUUGUCAGCUGCUCCCUGGGAAACAACCGUUCCCGGCCCCUCGCCGGCCGAGCCGUCCAGGAGCAUAGAGCGGUCCCGGCUUGUGGGAAGCACACGCACUCCUCCUCAACCUGGGACUCACGUGACUUUGCAAGCUGAUCUGUUUUAUCGGUCAUUUCUCAGCUCUUAAAAAUAUUUACUGAUCUCCUGGUUUUUUCCUCCCCUUCAUUUGCGGAUGCAGCUUUUCCCCUCCCUCUACCUGGAGUCCUGUUCCUGUAAUAAAGGGGUCGGGGGUUUGUCUGCUUGUUUUUUAAAAGGGGAAGACGAUCCACGCCUCAGCAGAGUCGGUAACCCCUGCAAGGAUGGGGCUGGGGGCAUCCGAGGACAGGCCCCUUGCCCCGGCUUGGGCACUGUCCUGCAGCACUUAGCCUGUGGUUUUCUUUUCUUGCUCUUUCUGUUGACCCUGUUGUCACCAUUGCUGAUUUCGGUUUCCGCGGUUCUGCUUACGUGACUCUGUGUCCCUCGAGCUUGGGACGCUUGACUUAGAGCCCUGCCUCAGACGGGCGUAGCCGUGCGACCCUGGGAGCAUGAUUUACCCCCUCUGUGCCUCAGUGUCCUCGUCUGUAAAACGAGGGCCCUCCCACCUGCAGAUCCGUUCAUUGUUUCUUCUGUUACAGUCGUGAACCAUGGCCUUUUUUGCCGCAGCCCUGUGUUGUGUUCCCUGUUUUUGUUGCUUCAGUGCACAGGUGCGAGGUGAAGCCAUCCCCAGGCGGCUCCCCCCACUUUCGUCUUGUUCCUUAUUGGGAGCAGCCUCUCACCUAGGCGGUCACCAGUAGUCUGCAAGCCGCCAUUUGAGAGCCUUUGGCCUCGUUCCUGUCCUUGGACACUUAUCCUGUGGGGAAUGGCUUUGUCGCAUCUUUACUUCUAAGGUCUGGGAGACCAUCAGGUGAGUUACCUCUGGUUUUUGUGGUUGAGGAAGCUAAGGCCAUUAGAGCUGGUUACAAGUGCACCCAGGCUGGAUUAGAAUUUAGUUCCUAAUGAGGAGGGUGGGAUUGACUUCCUUUCUUCCUUUAUGUGUACACACAGACACACUUUACUGAUACCUUUUUUCUUUGCGUCGUAGUCCUGAAGGGAAAAAUUCUGCCUAGGAAAACAGGCAGAUAUAUCCAGGACAGUGACCUAGUCUGACAGGCUGUGCCACGUUAUGUCCUGCUGUUGCCCUGCGUUCUCUCUGUUCAUUGCAGAGUAGAUCUACAUCUGGGAGAGGCCUCUGAGGCCGGCCAGCCCAGCCGCCUCACUCUACAGAGGAGGGACCCGAGGCCCCGGGGGAGGAGCAGAACAUGGGAGGUGCAUCUGUGACUGUGCACAGUGAAGACAGGAAGCAAACUUAAAACAGAAGGAAGAUGGUCCGACCUCUACGCACACAUGGUUUUUCUUUUUUAAAUCCAGUCGCUCAAGAGACAAGACUUUGACCCACGAAACUGAGUCAAGUAAAGUUAAGCUGACCAAACCAGCCUGGCCUUGGUGUUGCUCAUGAAUGACGCUCCAUUUCUCAUCUGCUGCCCUUUGAACUGGCUGUCCCCCAUGCCUAGAAUUCACUCCUGAAUCAUUUCUGCCCUUCAUCAUCUUGUUUCUUCAGAAGUUUGCUCAGACACUACCCUUUCCAACAAAGAAUAUUUUUUUUAAAAAGGAAGAAAGAAAGGAAGAAGGGGUAAAGCCCACCAGGCACGUUGAAGAAAACCUCAUGUCAUGCAGUUACAAAACACAAUAGAACUUGGCUGCUGCCACAAGAGGUGAGCGUGUGGUCGUAGCUGACUCAGCCGGGAAGUCAAAACAAGCAAUAGAAUUGUCAAUGCGCUGGAGCCCUGUGUGGAGAAGCCGACGGGCAACAGGGGGGCCUUCAGGCAGGAGUGGACAUCGCAUGGUGCCUUGGAAGAGACAAUUGAUCAUCUUCGGUGGAUUCCAUGAGAGUACAAGGGAUUACAUCUAUUACAAUGAUGUGUAUGCCUUUAGUCUGGACACGUAUACAUGGAGCAAGCUCUUUCCAUCAGGGACCAGUCCCACACCGAGAUCUGGCUGUCAGAUGUCAGUCUCCUCCGACGGCACCAUCGUCAUCUACGGUGGCUACUCCAAACAGAGAGUGAAGAAGGAUGUUGACAGGGGCACUCUGCAUUCGGACAUGUUCCUGCUGAAAUGCGAGGAAGGCAAGGAAGAAGACAAGUGGAUGUGGACUCGAGUCAGCCCCUCUGGAGUAAAGCCCACUCCCAGGUCUGGUUUCUCUGUGGCCGUGGCUCCCAAUGGGCGGACGCUGCUCUUUGGGGGCGUUUGUGACGAAGAAGAGGAGGAAAGCAUUGAGGGGGACUUCUUCAAUGACCUGUACUUCUAUGACAUCGCCAAGAACCGCUGGUUUGCAGGACAGCUGAAGGGCCCUAAGACAGAGAAGAGGAAACGCAGGCGAGGCAAGAAACCAGAGCCCGAGAGUGUCGAGAAUCAGGAGAGGGAAGAAAGCCACCCCCAGCAGCCGCAGGAGGAGAUCAGAGAGGUGGUGGCCGAGGAUGGGACAGUCAUGACUAUUAAACAAGUGAUCCCUGUCGCUGGGACGUUAGCAGUGUCUGAGUCUGAAGAGGAGGAAGCUUCUGAUGAGGCCGGUGGCCCUUUGGUGGAGCCCUGUGCUCGCUCGAAUGCCAUGCUGGCCGUGAAGCAAGGGGUGCUCUACGUCUAUGGGGGCAUGUUUGAAGCUGGGGACCGCCAGUUCACCCUCAAUGACUUCUACUGCAUUGAUCUGCACAAGAUGGAGGAAUGGAAGGUCUUGGUAGACAUGGAUCCUAAAACUCAAGAAUGGUUGGAGGAAAGUGACUCGGAAGACGAAGAUGAGGUAGAAGGAGCCGAAGGGGGAGAGGAGGAAGAAGAUGAGGAAACAGAGGAAGAAAGUGAAGAGGAUGAAGAAGGUGAUCAGCACCCAGUGGUUGAGCCUAAUGAAAAAUACAGUGACUAUUUGCCUCGGACUGAAGAGUAUUGGGUGAAGGUCGCUCGGAACAACAUGGGGCCUGGUGCGAAGGAGAAGAAGGUGAUCAAAGUAGCCCACGCUAUGGCCAAGACUUUUUACGGUGAUUCGGUUUAAGGACAAAACUGGUGUUUGCUCCUCAGAAUGGCAAAGUUGUUGAAAUCACUCACAUUGUUUAAAAUGUUGCUUCUGAAUAAACUGAGCCCACUGCUAUGUGACUUACAAGGUCUUUAAGACCCUGGGAAGACCAGCACCACUGGUCACUCGGCUGCUCCUGUCCUCUUCUCCUGGGGCAUUGGAAUCAGGGCAGCUGCCCUAAAGGGGGGGCCGACUCCCGUUGGCCAGGAGCGUAUGCAGAAACAGUCCGGCUGGGCAGUAUGAGGGAGGAAGGGUGAAUGAGGAGCUCCUCAUGAUGAGGUCCAGGGAGGCUGGGAGGCCUUUGGGAGUGCUCCUCCUCUGGAGACUGUCCUGAGAAACCCCUUUACUCUGUGGUUCUCCAGAAACCUGGAGGUUUCAGCACAUUUCACCUCGGAGCCCUCAGGGAGCAGCCCCAGGAUGCUGAUAAUUGUUCCCAAAAUAAAGUGUUUCGUUUGGUUCACGUUACCGUGUUCCAGUGCCACA